CCGCAGAGUCUUCAGGAGCGAAAGCACACUUCCUCUGCUCUGGCUCGACCUGUGUAUCAUCUGAAGUCAUGACAGUUACACCAGUCCGUGAUCUGAGGAGGAUCUUACCCAGGACGUAUAAUCACAGGAGAGAGGUUCUGUCGGAGAUCGCUACGGUCGUGUCUCAGCAUCAGCACCUUCAGCCAGUGCUGGAGAGAUUUGUCUUUAAUGAUGGCACAGCGAAGACCUUGGCUGGUUUGACUGGAACAAUUAAGGUGUUUUAUGAAGGGAAACACUACAAUAUUCCAGUGAGUUUGUGGCUGAAGGAAAGUUAUCCGCGCACUGCGCCCAUCUGCUAUGUGAAACCCACGCCGGAGAUGCUGAUCAUGACCGGCAGACACGUUGACAGCAGUGGAGAGAUCCUGAUGCCUUACCUGGAUGAGUGGAGACAUACGCAGUGUGACCUGCACAGCUUGAUUCAGGUUAUGAAGGCCGUGUUUAGUGAAGUUCCUCCUCUGCGUAUGCGUCUUUACCCAGAAGACUGUGAUUAUAUACGUGUAUUAUUUUCUAUAUUCCAGCAAUACAAAUACAGAGAUCUCACUGUUCGAGAGAUAACAAACGUCAUCUCUCAGUACAAAGACCUCAAACCUGUUAUGGAUGCGUACGUGUUUAAUGACGGAUCGUCCAGAGACUUGAUGAGCCUCACAGGAACCGUUCCAGUUAGUUAUAGAGGGAAUGUGUAUAAUAUCCCCGUGUGCUUGUGGCUGCUGGAUACGUAUCCCUACAAUCCUCCGAUAUGUUUUGUGAAGCCCACCAGUGCGAUGAUGAUCAAGACCGGCAAACACAUCGACGCCAACGGCAAGAUCUACCUGCCAUACCUGCACGAGUGGAAACACCCUCAGUCAGAUCUGUACGGGCUCAUCCAGGUCAUGAUUGUGGUGUUUGGUGAGGAGCCGCCUGUUUUCUCCAGACCCACCACACAACCUCCUUACCAGGCCUUUCAAGCAGCCGGACCCCCGAACCAGUCCUAUAUGCCAGGAAUGCCAGCAGUAUCUCCAUACGGGCCCAACCCAAACCCCUGUGGUUAUCCAGGUUACCCUUACCCAGGAGGCAAUGCUUAUCCUGCCACAGGCGGUCCAGCGCAUUACACUUCCCAGACUCCUGUCACUACUGUGGGUCCAAGUCGUGAUGGUACCAUCGGUGAGGACACCAUCCGAGCAUCGCUGAUCUCAGCCGUGAGCGAUAAACUGCGCUGGAGAAUGAAGGAGGAGAUGGACAGAGCGCAAGCCGAGCUGGACGCCCUGAAGAGGACGGAGGAAGACCUGAAGAAAGGACACCAGAAACUGGAAGACAUGGUGUCCCGCCUGGACCAGGAAGCGGCUGAGGUGGACAGAAACAUCGAGCUCCUCAAGAAGAAGGACGUGGAACUUAGCGAAGCUCUGGAGAAGAUGGAGAACCAGUCGGAAAACAAUGACAUUGACGACGUGAUCAUCCCAACAGCCCCACUCUACAAACAGAUCCUGAACCUGUACGCAGAGGAGAACGCCAUAGAGGACACCAUCUUUUACCUGGGAGAAGCCCUGAGGAGAGGAGUCAUCGACCUGGAGGUCUUCCUCAAGCAUGUGCGUCUGCUGUCCCGAAAACAGUUCCAGCUGCGAGCGCUCAUGCAGAAAGCGCGAAAGACAGCCGGACUCAGUGACCUUUACUGACCCUGCGCUCCAGCUCUGAUCACACGAGCCAGACUCGGAUCUAAUCGCUUGGUGGUAUGUCAGUGGGAGUUCAGCUGUUUAUGAUAUUUUACUUAUGAGAGAGUUUUUUAGCUACUGUAACCGGCUGACUUUAUUUUCUUGAUUAGGAAAAGGCACAAUUGCAAAUCGGGUACAAUAUUUGAACGCUAAAAGGAAAAACUAGACCUGAGCAUUAGAAGUAAAUAAGAUGUCAUAGACUCAAUGUUCCUUCUUUCAUUUGAGCUUCUCGUGGCAAACUGGGCUUUAGAUACUACUGUUAUUAACCGUACAGAAUGAUAACUUUUAAAAUGUGACGUCUGCAGGAAGUAUAUGAGGAAAUUGCUCUCAGAUGUGGAUAGCGACUCCUGUUUUCAUUCAUGCACUGUUUCAAAGUGUAGUCAUACUCCAUAACUAUGUGAAUCUCACAGGAAAAAUCACCUCAAAAUAAAAUAUAUAUUUUCUGCAUAAAACAUGUAGGACUAUUAAUAUUUUUUUUAGAUUGUGUAAAAUAUUAAGUACAUUUAGGUAAAAAUUUGGGA